CUCGGUGUGGGAAGCGUUUAUCCACCACUGUUAGCUUAGACAAACACCAGGUCAUCCACACCCGACUGAGACCGUACCCCUGCUCCGUACCGGCCUGCGCCAAGAGGUUCUGCUCACCAGCCGAGCUGAAGAGACACACACUCACACACACAGGAGAGAGACCCUUCCCCUGUCCAGACUGUGACAAGAGCUUCACCAUACUGGCUGCUUUAAAGACCCACCAGAGAACACACACUGGAGAGAGACCUUACGUCUGUGAGGUGUGUGGGAAGGGCUUCGCCCAAACGGGAACCUGAAAUCCCACGAGCGCAGGCACACCGGAGAGAGACCGUUCUCCUGCUCCUUCUGUGGGAAGACCUUUGUAGAGUCUGGCCAUCUGAAGAAGCACCAGCGUAUCCAUACAGGAGAGAAGCCGUACCACUGCAGCAGCUGCCCCAUGAAGUUCCCUUCCUCCAGCGAGCUCAGGGUCCAUGAGAAGAUCCACAGCCAGGAGAAACCUCACAGCUGUUCCUACUGCGACAAGGCAUUCAAACAGCUGUCCAACCUCAAGCUCCACCAGAGAAUACACUCUGACCAGAAGCCUUACGCCUGCUCCUACUGCGACAAGACCUUCCGUGCUCAGGGGACCUUAAAGGUGCACCUGAGGACUCACACAGGAGAGAGGCCUUACCCUGCUCCGACUCUGAAGCAGCUGAAGGAACAUAUGAAGUUCAACCCGGACCACAGCACCACACGUAGCGGACUCAGUAACAUAGAGGACGAGGACAAGCUCUACUCAGUAACAUAG